UUUUCUUAUUUUAAACUUUCUUUACUUUCUAGAAGAAAAGUUACAUUAAAAGUGAAACAAUGUCGAUAGUAAAAACAUGUGGACGUCAAAUCAUUUUACUUAUCAAUGGAUUAUUUCGGCUGGUUGGACUGGUUUGUUUUGUGGGAGGGAUGUUUGUGAAGUACGGAUCUGACGACCUCAAAUCCAUGUUACCAGAGUUGAUGAAUGAACUCGUAAAGAAGGUAGUGCCAAUCUUAAAAGCUACCCACAAAUCAUCGUCGGAUUUUUUGGAUAACCUUGACCUUGAUAAGUUGCUAGGCGAAGCUGCUGUUGUUUUUAUUGUUUUUGGUGCUAUUUUGCUCUUUAUUGUUUUCUGGGGUUGUUAUGACACACCCAUUAUGUGCUGUACAAACGCUGAAAGGUCAAAGUCGACCAAUAAUUGGUGGAGAUGUGCCAUGCAACCUCUAACGCGGCUAAAAUCAAAUUUCGAGAAAGGUUGUUAUGAUGAAGUGUGGAGGUAUCUAGAGAAGUAUGUCAACAUUGUAGUGGGGUGUGUCGGCGGACUAAUAGGCCUGGAGCUUGUACUUGCUUUCUUUGCGAUAUACAUCGCCAAGGGUAUGGACAAAAAAAAUAAAGUGGACUCAGAGAAAGGCAGAAAGAGAAAGAAAUAAAUCUUGCUUUGUACAUGUGCACUCCUUAAAAUAAAUGUAUGUGGUACUUGAAACUAUACAUAGAGAAAUAUGAUUCCAAAUGACCAACAUUGGAUGAAUUCUCUACAAUGUAUUUCAACAAGAAGAAAAAACAUCUUUGUAAU